AAUGGAUACUAAAGAAAUCUUUUAUUGACAUAGCUUAUCAAUAUUUUUCGUUAUGCGGUUAAUUUCUGAUAUCAAACUACUAACACCUUUUCCUUAAAAAUUAUUUAUUUUUUUUGUAAUCAUACAUAAUGGAAGUAUCUACUUCUAGAAAAUGUGUUUCUGCCCCAACAGGCAAAGCAACUUUAAGUAUGCUUAAAGGUAAAUCAGCGAAUACUUCGGUUCCAUCCAUAGCAAUCCGAUUCCACGCAAACGAAGAAGAAUUAGAACAAUUAUAUCUAAGUGAUUCCGAUGUUGAAAAGGAGUAUUCACCAGUAAUUGAAGAUCUCAAGAGUGAUGAUUUAAAAAGUGAUAAAAAAGGUUCACCAAAACGUGAAUCGAGUCCCAUGAAAGAUGUCUUCUCAAAACUAAGUAGUAAACGAUCAGCUAGUGUUGACUCAAAUAUCCCCAUUGGCGAACAAGCAUCAUCUUCCACCGAUCGAUGGCGAUUAUUUUCCGAAAUUAAAGGAAAGUUAACAAAAACAGUUGAAGAGAAAAUUAGUGAAAUUAAAUCAGGAACUAAAUGUCCUGAACAAGAACGUACUAGCGAAGAUACAGAAACCAUUCGUAACAAAUUUAGUACAAGUAAAGAUAAUUCAAGUGUUUCAGAUUCAGAAGAUGUCAGUGUAUCAGAACAUUCAACAUCAAAAUUUGCUGAUGUUGAAAUGUCUUCAACAAAUGAAACUGAAGACGAAAUUGAAGUAUCAUUUCCAAAUAAAGAUCCAAUUUCGAAAGAUGUCGAUGAUCAACUAUUCAACGAUGAAAUUAUAAUUAGUAUACCAAAAAAAGAAACGGUUAAACAUCGUUUUAAGAAAUCGUCUACACCUCAUAUGAAUGUUCAAUAUAAAACUAAAGAAAAUCGUGAUAGUUAUAUUGAAACUGCAACCGAAGCGUUUAUAAAUGAAGCUCCUAACGAUGGUGAUGAUUCAACACCAUCUGAAUCUAUUGAAAAACAAAUUUAUGUAACAAAACUACAUCCAAAAAACAUAUCGAACGAUUGGUUUAUUUUAAGUAUAUUUAUUUUAUUAUUAAGUUUAAUUUUUACAAUCACUUCUGUACCUAAUUAUUUAGCAGUAUUUUUAACUGGGUUUUUAUUUUUAAUUUAUACAAAAUUCACAUCAAACACCGAAGAUGAUUCAAAAAGUAUUCUAUUUAUGGCGAAAAAAAUGGAAACACUAAAUCGUGUUCAAACCCCAUCGAUUAAAACAUAUGAGCCUGUUUUAAAAUAUGAAGCUUGGAUGAACGAAUAUCCUGUACGUUAUGAUGUAAACACGUAUCAUAUAGGAGAUACUCACAGCGUUUACGUGCGUUUAUAUGGAUCAAAAUUGAUUUUAUCUGUUGGUGAUGGUAUUCGAGUUCCAAAACGUGCAAUGUGGAAUGAAUCAGCAAUGCCUCAUUUGCAUUUAAUCAAAUUUACACGGCAUCGUGUAUUUAACAUGAUUGGUGCAAAAGUUCGUUUAUUACCUCAAGGAUUAGCACGUAAACGAUAUUGGAGUAAAAAAUAUCCAAUUUGUUUGGAAUUUACAAAAGUUGGUAAAGAGUAUAAUAAAUUACCACCAGAAGAAGAGACCUUUGAUACAAGUUCACAUGACUCACCCACUAAAAAAAGAAGUAUUUCUACUGAAAAAUUAGCAACUGAUGAAUCUUUGAUUGAGAAUUUCCUCGAACAAAGUGUUGAGCAAAGUGCUAAGGUUAUCGAGCCACCUGAAAAUGAACAAACUAUAUUUAGUACACCAGAUGGGGGUGGAGAUGAUGGAGAUUUAACUGAUGACGCUGAAGAAACAUCCAUUGAAUGGGAUACAGUUGGUGAUGUUUUGGAUGAUAUUACUCGAAUAUAUUUAUUUACGAGAACAGAUCGUGAUAAAGAAGAUUGGUUUAAUUAUUUUGUUGCAGCAACUCAAUCAUCUUCCAUCCCACCUGAACCUCUUAUUGACACAAUUGAAAAGUCAAAAGAAACAGAAAAUCAAUCUGAUAAUUCAGCAAAAUCUUCACCAAGUCAUACUGCAAGUGCUCCCAAAUUAGACGAUGAACAAUUAACGUAUAAUUUUGAUUAUCAACAGUUUGUUAAAAAAAUGCAACAUCAUAAAAAGAAUUACGAGAAUGCUCCAGAACAGGCAGUGAAUGAGAUUUCUUCCAAAGUUUUAUGGUUUAAUGCCCUACUAGGUCGAGUAUUGUUAGAUGCUGUUCGACAACAAGAUUGGGUAGAAACAUUACAACAGCGUAUUCAACGUAAAUUGAGUGUUAUUAAACUGCCAUAUUUUAUUGAAGAAUUGGUUAUAACAGAAUUAAAUUUAGGUACAUCUGUACCAAUUAUACAUAAAAUAUCUGAGCCAACAUUUGAUUCACGUGGUGUUUGGGUUGAUUUUGAUAUAACUUAUGAGGGUAGUGUGCAUGGUACUUUAGUAACUAAAUUAAAUUUAAUGAAAUUAAAAAAACCACCAGCUGGUCAAGAAGUAGCUGAAACUGAAAAAAUGGCUGGUGAUAAUAAUAUACCAGGACCCGUUUAUGAUAGUGAUUUGGAUGAUAGUGCAGAAUCUAGUUCAGAAGAAGAUAUAAUAAUUCCAUCAAAUUGGAUAGCUAGUAAUACAUCAUCAUCGUCUGGGGUACAAAGCACAUCAUCUACACCAACUUCAGCUGGUUCAUCGGGAAAUACAGCUGGUAAACGAUUGUUAAAGAUGGUUGACAAAAUAGCUGCCUCCAAAUAUUUUCAACAAGCAACCGAUUAUAAAUUAAUUAAAAAAGCAAUGGAAGGUGUCUCGAAAACUGAAUUAAAAUUGAGAGUUGAACUGAGAGGCUUAGUUGGUGUACUUACUGUUAAUAUACCUCCACCACCAUCACAUAGAAUAUGGAUUGGUUUUCGUGGUAAUCCACAAUUAUGGUUAAAUGCAAGACCAAUUGUUGGUGAACGUUCCUUAAAUUUUAAUCAUAUUACAUCUUGGAUUGAAAAUAAGUUACAACAAGAAUUUCAGAAAAUUCUAGUAUUACCUAACAUGGAAGAUUUCGUAAUACCAAUAAUGAACUUAAAUUUACCCGAAUAACGAACAAACAAUUACAUAUAAGAAUACGUCUACCCCUUAUGUGUAACAAUUAACUUAUAAUUAUGGUGUUCAGGGUAAAUGUGAAUUUAUUUUUAUUUAUAAUUAGUUUGUAUAGAUGUAGUUGUGUUUUUUUAUUCUUUUUUGUUCAAGCUAAGUGCUACACUACACAAAAUAUUUUAAAAGUUUGAAUUUUUAUAAACUCUAUUUAGAGACGAAAAUAGUACUCUAAACAUAACCGUUGUUAAACGUAUAAAAUUUAAAAUAAAAAAAUAUUUUCUUAAUUAUUGCAAAAUUAUGAACAAAUUUUAAAAUUAAUAUG